UUUAGUAAGUUUUCAGAAUAAAUUCCUGAAAGGCUGUAGCCUUUACCUUUUUAUUUUUCUUCCUAAAAAAAAUUACAAAAUCAAGCUGACUAUCAAACUCAAAAUAAAAAGUAUGGGCUGGCGUGCCUCAACGCACUCGGAUAAGUCCACUACCACGGAUCUUUUUGAGGGCCCAACUCCUCGGCAUUCCCUGCUGUCCGGAAGAUACAAGCAGAGUUUCGCCUAUUUGACGCUAAGGACUCGGAUGCCGGGAAUUAUGCAGCAGAUUAUUAUGCGGCUCCUAUCCGAUUUGCCUGAUCUGGUGAAUAAAUAUGGCGAGGAAGUGCGCAAGGAUGUCAAGCAAAUUGUGGAUGCCGUAGAACGACUCAAGAUGGAACUGAACCGAGAUCGACAGUUCCUGCUGUUUCACGGCGCUGAGCCGGACAAGGUUGAGUGGAAUGCCUUCAUAACUGAGAUGCCGCGUCCCAAAAAGUCCUUCUUUCGCGCCUGUUGGCUUCAUGCCGAGUGCUACUUGUACAGACGAAUCUUUUCCUUCUUCGAAAACAGCCGCCACCUGCAGAAAUACGACUGCUUCGAUCACUUGAAAAAGGAGGAUCUGAUGCUUAGCGAGGUGGCCAUGAGUGCCCUCGCUAAAGCUACGCGAGGAUUGGCCAAGAGUUUCGAUGUAUUCAGCAAGCUUUUGCGGAUUAACCUGUGGGGAAAUCAUUUCGAAAUGCAAAUUGGUGCCUUUAGAUUCACGGAGGAAGAUUCCAAGGACGAUAUAAAUGUGCUGGUUAAGGUGGCUGACAUCGAUAGGAUCCUCCUCGUGGACGACACCACUCUGAUUUGGAAUUGCUUGGUGUUGGCGAGCAAGAGCAGCGGGAAUCGCAUCGUGGACUUCAUCUGCGACAAUGGAGGCUUCGAGUUCUUCACGGAUAUGCUGUUACUGGAAUAUAUGGUGGACAAUAACCUGGCCACCCAAGUGCGUCUCCACGUCAAGGCCAUUCCGUGGUAUAUAUCCGAUGUUACGCGUGCUGAUAUUGAAUGGACUUUGGAUUUUCUGACUGGACACCGGGAUGAGUGCCUUUCGGCGUUGGGCAAAAAGUGGACACACUUGAUGAAUACCCAGAAAAUCGUUAUAGCUCCUACAUCGUACUUCUGGACUGGGCCACAACCAUAUUUCGUUAUGGUGGAAUCGGAUAUCGAGCUCUAUCGUAUGCUUACCACCUCCAAACUGGCCAUAUUCAAGGGCGAUCUCAACUACCGAAAGUUGCUGGGUGACUUCAUAUGGGAUUCCACAGAGGAGUUCAUCACUUGCCUGCGCGGCUUUAGACCCACCAAUAUAUGUGCUAUGCGAACUGUCAAAUGCGAAGUGGUUUGCGGACUGUCGGAGGGAUUGGCGGAUUCGCUCCUAAAGAACGAUCACAACUGGAUGAUCUCGGGCAACUAUGGCGUUAUCCAGUACACCGAUUCACUGAAAUGUUCCUGCGCCUUACCAGGCCCAGACAGCAGUGAGAAAAACACCCGUAUGCUGGGUAUGGUGGUGCCCCAGUCCGAAAGGUCGACCUUAAUCACCAAUAAAUGAGUGCGAAUUUGUCAGUUGAAAAUCGAAUGGCCUCGUUACACCCACUCGGAAUCAGAUGGCGCGCACAUGCGCACCCAUUUGUCCUGACGACUCCCAAUUUGGAAAUGGAAAGUUGCCACACCGCCAAAUGUUGCCAAAGGCGCGAAUUCAAGGCAGCAAAAAAAUAUGAAAAUUGAAUAUGUGCUGAUUAAAUUAAUUGUCUUUCGAAAUGAAA